AUGAAGACCUUUGUUGUAUUGGCUUGCCUGGUAGCGUCAAUUUUGGCUGCCGAAAAAUAUAAUUCAAAAUAUGAUAACUUUGACGUCGAGACACUGGUGUCCAACGACAGAUUACUUAAAUCAUACAUCAACUGCUUCUUGGAAAAAGGAAAAUGUACAGCAGAAGGCUCUGAUUUUAAAAAGGCCUUACCUGAAGCUGUGGAAACUAUUUGCGGUAAAUGCACAGAUAAACAAAAGGUCAACAUAAGGAAAGUUAUUAAAGCCAUUCAACAAAAGCAUCCUACACAAUGGGAAGAACUCGUAAAGAAGAAUGAUCCAACCGGAAAACAUCGUGCAAACUUCGAAAAAUUCAUACAAGAGAGCUAA